AUGCACCUACCGAAUGCACCUACAGCAGUGAAACCCGAGCCUGCCCAGGCCGAUAAUGCUGACUUUUACGCGUCCGGUGCCAUUUUGGGAACCAGGACUGACAAUUCGAUCGGUGAUCGGCUAUCCAAGAUAGUACGGACUACGUGUAUCGUAGGCUACCUCAUCUUUUUUUCAAUUGUUGGCACGCUCCUCCGCAUCACUAUUGAAUCUUUGACAUUCUACCCCGGGUCACCGGUGAACACCAGCGUUCUCUGGGCCAACGUUGGAGGCAGUUUCAUUAUGGGCUUUCUAAGCGAGGAUCAAGAAUUCUUCCGGUCCGAAGACGUGGACGCCAAAAUUCCGGCGGAGGUGAGACAAGACGAUGCCCGAAGGACGGCACAUUUGAAGGCGCACAAGAAAACAAUCCCACUCUACAUUGGACUGACGACGGGGCUUUGCGGGAGCCUGACGUCCUUUUCCACCUUUCUUCGAGAUUUGUAUCUGGCACUGGCCAACAAGCUUCCUGUACCGAUUGGUCCAUACGCGGAUAUAUCCUUAUUUGCUCCGGCCCCAGCGACGGCCAGAGCUCCAAAUGGAGGGUUCAGUUUCAUGGCCUUGGUUGCUGUGCUGUUUACAGAGAUCGGUCUAUCGCUGGCUGGCCUUUUUCUCGGUGCCCACCUCGCAAUCUGCGUAUCUCCUUGGACGCCGAGUCUUCCCCAACACUGGCUGCGCAAAAUCAUAGACCCCACGGCGGUCGUCCUCGCGUGCCUCUCAUGGGUCGCGGUUAUUUGCCUAGUAAUUCUACUGCCGGGACGUCUGCAAGAGGAUACUCUAUGGAGCCCGGAAUUGUGGAGAAGACCAGUUAUCUUUUCUUUGGUGUUCGCUCCGGUCGGCUGUCUGGUCCGAUUUUUCAUUUCCCUCAAACUGAACGGCCGUAUACGAUCUUUUCCCCUCGGAACGUUUACCGUCAAUGUCUGUGGUACAAUGGUUCUGGGAAUGGCGUAUUCAAUCCAACAUGCUUCGAUCGGUGCAUCUAGUCUUGGCGGAGGCAGCAUCGUUGGCUGUCAGGUGCUACAGGGUGUCAUGGACGGAUUCUGCGGGUGUCUCACGACGGUCAGUACAUGGGUAUUGGAACUCUCGAAUCUUCGCAGGCGCCAUGCAUAUUUAUACGGUGGUGUGAGUGUCGCCAUCGCCUUCUGUGCGCUCGUCGUUGAGAUCGGGAGCUUACAGUGGACUCGCGGUCUGGCGACUCCCGCCUGCUUUGGCCAUUGA